AUGGGUAAAUCAUUAUCAAAAAAUUCCACCUUCUCUAGUACCACUUCUUCCCAUACAAUUACAGUAUCAUCAGUAUCAUCGAAACCAUCAACAACACCAUCGAUCAUAUCAACAAAUUCACGUUCAAAUAGUUUUCUUAAUAAAAGAAAAUCCACAUUUUCUAUAAAAUCUUCAUCAAAAUGGUCUUUAACCACGUCACAUCCUAAAAAUACACCACCAUCAAAUAAUGUAUUAAUGGUAUCAACACCAAAUACUCCUUCUGGAACACCACGAAAUUUAUUUAUGGAUUCACCUGAUUAUUUUAAUACAAAUAAUAAUUUUUGUGAUAACCAAUCAUCGGAAUUUCCUUCGGAUUUUAAAUUUGUUGAUGGUAGACGUUUUCAUAAUAUUGAUACUGUAAAAUAUUUCUUACCAAAUGAUGAAAUUGAAAUGGAUAGAUUAAAAACUUAUCAUUAUUUACUUAAUAAUGUUUUUCAAAGUAAUUUUUCUUCUCCUGUUAAAGAAAUAUUAAAAAUUGGUGGUACUGAAGUAUUGGAUUUAGGUUGUGGUCCUGGUGCUUGGUUAUUAGAUAUGGCUGAAACUUUUCCAAAAUCAAAUUUUACUGGUGUGGAUUUAACUAAUACUUUAAUUGGAAAUGAUGAUAUGUCAAAAAAUAUUAAAUUUAUUAAAGGGAAUGUAUUGGAUGGUUUACCUUUUAAAAAUUCCACUUUUGAUUAUAUAUUUAUAAGAAAUUUAAGUUAUGGUUUUUCUGAACAAGAUUGGAAAUUUAUGAUAAAUGAAAUAAUAAGAAUAACAAAACCUGGUGGUUGGAUUGAGUUAAUGGAACCAGAAUUAAAAGCACGUAAUGAAGGUCCUAUAACCAUAUAUUUAAAUGACACAUUUAUAAAAGAUCUUCAAUCACAGAAUAUUUUUAUAAAUAUAACGACGGAAUUGGAACAAUUUCUUAAGGAUACAAACCAAAUCGAUCAAGUAUAUCACGAUGAAAAAUUAAUUAGUUGUGGUUCAUGGGCAGGACGACUUGGUGAAUUGGCUUGUGAGGAUUUUUUGAUGAUAAUACGUGCGAUAAAACCUCGUUUAUCGCAAAUUAUUGGUGUAAAUCAUGAAGAUUAUGAUCAAUUGUUACAAAGUAUACCUGAUGAAAUGAAUGAACAUAAAACUUCUUUUAUACAUCAUCGUUUUUGGGUUCAAAAAUUAUUUUCUGUAUAA